AUGAAGUCCGCUGUCUUCUGCGCACUGGCCGGUACGGCCAUCAUGCUGACCACAACUGUGGACGGCCACGGCCAAAUGCUGGUGCCGGCCUACCGACACAUCACGGCCAAGUACCGUGCGGACUGCCUAUUCGGCCUCAAGGGCUCCGGCGACGAUGAGCUGGAGUGGGCCCCUAUCGAGCUCUUGAGCCAGCGUGGCCGAGCUGGCCAACCGGCGGCCCCCACCUUUAACAUGCUAAACGGUUGUCGAGGCACAGUUUACGAGCCCGAGAACAAUGUGACGAAGCUCGAGGCUGGCAAGAACUGA